AUGGACCAAAACAACGAUGAAUUGAUUCAGAUCAAUUUUGACAUUUUGAUGUACGACUUGCCGUGCAGGUUUCUCAAGAUUGGUGUUUGGGACAAGUUCGGCGAGGAGAAAAUCAACAGUACGGAUCAGCUGCGAGCUCAGGAUGGAAGACCCCGUGCCAUGUGA